AUGGACAAGAAAAAUGCCAUUCGGAGAGGCAAGAGGCCGUCUAAAGUGCUCGAAGAGAAUUAUUGGGAUUGCAGCGUUUGUACAUACAGGAAUAACGCUGAAGCCUUCAAAUGCUCAAUGUGCGACGUUAGAAAAGGAACAUCAACCCGCAAACCACGUAUCAAUCCCGCACUGGUCGCGGCACAAGCGGCCGGCACCGCACCAACUAGUUCACAGAAACGACCACGAUCUGCCAAUUCACUCAAGAAGAAAAGGCGACCACCGCGCCUUAAUAACGUCGAUAGGAGCUCAGCACAAACUAGAGAGGUAACUGUGAGUGGUGUGACAGUCGUUAUAACCGAGUACAAACCGAAAAAGUCGGUUUCGACGAGUUCCAGCGAUGUGGAGUCUUCUAACGAUGCAAGACCC